UGCUGUUGAGUAAGCUUAUGCCCUCGGGCUGAGCAUGUAAAAGCUUUCUGGCACAUAUAUCGCAUAUACUUGUAUAUAAACAUACAUACAUAUAUGGCUUGGAGGAGCCACAGGAUGUCAGCUGUGUGUGUGCACGUGCUCCUGUGUGUAUAUGGAAAAAGUUUUCUAUUUGCGUAGCUUUCUGUAGAAAGCUUUUAAAGGAUACUCUGCUGCUGCUGCUGCUGCGGUUGGCAAAAGCACUUCCUAUGGGUUUUCGUGACAUUCUCAUUCAUUCUGUGCUAGAUUUCCCGAUAGUUCGAAUCAGAGGAAAAUAAAAAUAAUAAGACAAACACAUCGAAGAGGUUUUCGGGUCGAGUAUUUCGGCAAAUAUACUGGACAUUGCGAGGGGUCAACGGUGCGGCGACCGAUCUCGAUGUCUCCUCAAUUAGAUAAUGCUUAAGUUACCAAAAGGUUUAAAAAAGAAAAAGAAGAAGUCGAAAAAGGAUCAAGAACUCUUCACCGAAGAGGAGCUCGAGCAGUACAAGCGCGAUCUCAAAGCUAAACAGGAGGCGGCCGCCAACAAAUCAGACGCUGGUGAAUCGGACGCAGCAUCAGACGUCGAGGGGGCAACUGCCACAGGCCACCACAGUCAAAGUCACAGCCAUACGAACAGGCCAGUCGAUUCGGCGACCACAUCGACAUCAUUUGCAGCGACAGCGGCUGGCCAGGAACAGCAUCAGCAACAGCAUCUUAACCAGCAACAAAACGCUGACGCCACCGGAGACGAAGAAUGGGCCAAGUUUAAGGCGUUAACCUCAGGUGUUGAUAAUAUCCUACAUAAGACACAGGACGAGCUCGAUCGUAUCAAGAAGGAGUCCUUCUAUCAGCGCCUUCCCUCUGCUGCCGAAAAAAAGAAACAAGAGGAGGAGGAGGCAGCCCGUCGUGAGGCGAAGCGCCUCGAACGGGAACGACAGCUUGCCGCGGAACGUGAAGCGAAUCGGGAUAAGCUCGCUGAGGCAGUUGUUGAGCUAUCGGAAUCGGAAGACGACGCUCAGGACGACGUCGAUGAUAUCUUUGCCACCGACUAUAUCGAGGCAAUUACCAGCGGUGAGGUGCAAUUAGCAGUCGUUCCUGACUCUCCAGUUCUCGAACUUGACGACGGACCCGAUCCCUUUGAUACUGCUUAUGCGGAGAAGGUCAUAGUUGGCGCUGACAAGUCUAAGGGCAACAAGAAACUAGUUAGCCUUGGGGCCGCUGUUGAGGUUCUCUCCGGACGUGUUGAUCGUGAGCACGCCGUUGCCCUCGCCAAUCCGAAGCGUAAGCUACGCAAGGGAAUUCAAAAUCUUCUGCUUAGUGAGAGCGUCGAUUUAGGCGAUAACGAGCCUGAUCUCUUAGCUGCCGAGCCGCAGCACAAUCUUCUCGACGAUCUCGACGAUGAUGUACCCGAAUCUGUAGCGCCCAUUGAUUUAAGUGUAUCGCUGCAUUUGCAUUUGAUCAAGCCCCAUAAGGUCGAGGAGGACAACGACGAGGAAGGUGACGCAGCUUUUGGCUCACUUAAUCCCGAUUUAGCCGAAUUUGAUGCUCUUAAAGACGAGGAGGACGACGAGUUUGCAGAACUAGCAGCCGAAUCACUAACCAAAAAGGAAGAGGUUACCAUAGUCAAUCAGGUUGUACUGCCUCCCGCGGAACUACUUGCCGAAGCUGCUGCUGAAACCAGUUGGGCUGAGUUUGCGCCAGAGACAGAAGAGGGGACAUCAGGAAAACCGAAGCGACCGCCGCCACCGGUGCGUCCAGCAACAGGACCACAUAUUGUGCCCGGUGCUAUCUACGUGAGCGACGAGGAGGAGGACGCCAAUCUCGACGACGAUCCUUUUAAUACAAACUACGUGGAGCAGGUGAUCAAAAAGACAACAGUUCUCGAGGAGGACGACGAUUUUGAUCCACGUGCCGACGAAGAUACAGCUGGCGGAUCAGGUUUACUAUCUGCACCAGGUCGUGAUCUCUUAGCUGGCAGUGCUACCGACCUAAGCAAGGUUGUGCCAGCCCCACUGGCACCUACGCUCAGUGUCGAUCAACAGGAGGAGGAUCAGGACUUUGACCCAUUUGACACAUCGGCCAUCAACGCUCUCGUUCAGCCGAAGGCGACAGAGCUACGAUUUUUGGAGCGUGAACUGUUGAACGAGUCUGGUUCAAGUCUCAAGCACUCGCUAAGUGAUCCUGACUUUGAUCCGCGUGCGGGACAGGAAGAGGUUGUUUCACCGCCGUUAGUGUCAGUGCCCGUAGCUCAGAUCUUAAUACCGGAACCGGACAUAGAUAGCGCACGUCGCAAAUCCUCUCUUAGCCUAAAUAUACAGGGGAAGAGCGUAGGGUUUCUUGUGCCUUCUGGGCAAGAUUUGCUGGCCGCUGGUAAUGACGGUUGCCUGGGUGGCAAUAAGAAGCCACUGACGCCCUAUUACGCGCCCAGCGCACAGAGUAUUGCCGAGCGCGAAUCGGACGAUCCUUUCGACACAUCGUAUGUGCCCGAGGCCAAACUUAGCGAUAUCGAACUGAAGCACAUUGAGGCUGAUCUUAUCACAGAACCGACUCUAAAGCAUAGCCUAUCCGAUCCAGACUUUAAUCCGCGUGCACCACCCACUCCCGUGCCUGCAGAAGUCUUGCUGGCCGUCGAGGAAAACAUCAACAUCAAGGUCUUGACACCGGCCCAGGAGCGUAGGCAGUUGCCGUGCAACGUGCAGUCGGAGGAGGAUCAGGAAAUCGAUCCAUUUGACACCUCAAUUGCGGCAAAUCUUCAACCGGGUCAGACGGAAUUGAAGCUGCUUGAGAACGAGCUGCUGCCGGAGAGCUCUAGGCAACCGAUCACGGGAGUUCUUGACACCCAAAGCGACGCACAGGAGCUGGGACUGGGCGAUAAGGUGCUGACACCGUCGCAACCCAAUCGCACAACACAGCAGAUACUAGAGCAGCAACAGGAAAUCGAUCCAUUUGACACCUCCAUUGCGGAGAACUUGGCACCCGGUGAAACAGAGAUCAAACUGCUUGAGAACGAACUGAUUGAGCGCUAAACCGGGAAAUAG